GGUUGCCUGAUGCGGGUUGUGUUUUCAUUCCGAGUUGUAUUGCGUUUUUAUAUUUUGAUGAAUCAACAGAGUCGACCGUUUAUGAUGUAGGCUUUAUUAAAAUUUCCUGCCUCAACCUUGUUGAUAGUGAUUUUUGGGUGUGAGAAGAUCUCCAAUGAUAAUGUGAUUAAAAAUCAUCCACGAGCAGUUGAUAUGUAUGAAGAGCAGCUAAUUCAAUCAGGGCAGUUGUCAAAGGAAGAAAUUGAUGCUUUGCACUCUAAAGUCAAUUCAAUUUUAAAUGAAGAGUUUGUUAACAGUAAAGAAUAUGUGCCAAACCGACCAGAUUGGUUGUCAGUAUAUUGGACUGGCUUUAAAUCACCAGAACAGUUGUCUCGUAGACGCAAUACAGGGGUCAAACCAGAGAUAUUAAAAAAUGUUGGGAAAGCUAUAACUACUCUACCAAAAAUAUUCAAUCCUCACAGAGCUGUAAAGAGGAUUUUUGAUCAACGUUUACAAAUAAUUGAAAAAGAAGAAGGUGUUGAUUGGGCUAUUGGUGAAGCACUUGCAUUUGCAACACUCCUAGUAGAGGGCAAUCAUGUGAGAUUGAGUGGCCAGGAUGUUGAAAGAGGUACUUUCAGUCACCGGUAUGCAGUUGUUCAUGACCAGGAAACAGGAGCAAGAUAUUGUCCUCUAGACCAUGUUGUCAUGAACCAAAAUGAAGAGAUGUUUACUGUGAGCAAUAGGUAUGUAGCAAUCUUCAACUAAGAUCUGUGCUUUUAGGACUGCAGUGUAAAUCGAUUUUUUUUUCUAAUUGAACUUGGAAUGCUUAUGCUGCUGCUAUAUGCUUUCUAAGUUGUUGCGCAUAAGAGAACAUGCAUAAAUGGAA